AUGGCACCAAACGCACCCUUUCAUUCACCAAAGCGCAAAGUAAUUGUAGCCGUAGAGCAAAAUUACUCUCGCGACCCAACCCUAACCGGAAGAGAAAACAAGAAGCAGCCCUGCCACAACAAGAUGAAGGAGAACGAGAACACGAAGACAAACACCAACAAGAACAAGAACAAGAACUUGAUGACGAACAUGAACAUGAACGCAAAAAGAAACGUUGAUGAAGGUUAUUCGCAUCCAUGUUUUGGGACCCCAAUGCCAUUGAUGAGUCUUCUAGCAACAAAGAAAACAACCUAUAAGAGGAGUUGA